CUUUUCGUGUUUUGCCAAAACUCCUAACACUAUAAUACACAUGGAAUACUGCUGUUUGCAGUGCGACCGGGUGCAUGUUUUUGUCCUCUUUAAUAUUGAUUCGUAAACAAAUCGGAAGUUUGGGUGCACCCCUCCAAGUCCAACUUGUCCAACUCCAAGACACUCAACUGGGCUAGGGCUAGGCCUAGGCCCCCUGUUUUGUGUUAGUGUUACCUCUUUGUUGGCCUACCUUGACAAGAAGCUUAACCAACAGCUUGCCUGACAUGAUGUGAUGACGACACAAGCUAGUAGUUGCCGUAGCAGCAUGAGAUACCCCUUCAGGAAGAAGCAUGCCUUGGCCUUGUUUGCCAUGCUGCUGUUCGUUUGUGCUCUUUGGAUGCUGCGGCAAGAAGAGGUGCUCAGUAAAGAACUGUCCACAUCAUCCGUACAGGAAGUACAAGUCAAUCUGAUGUAUCCCGUGGGGGAGGGACAGUAUAGAAAGGAACAGCAGCGCAUCGUACUGGAACAGCAACAGCAGAGCUUUGAACAAGAUGUGGGUCCAGUUGAGACGAAAAGAGGCAACUACCGCAAAGUAGCCUCCAAGACCAGGGAGGCAUCGGUGAAGGAACUGAUCGUUCCUCCUCAGGACGAGCAGAAGCCAUCGAAGAAGAAAAACAGCGUCAACAAAAAGGUUGAGAAACUUAAGAAGAAGAGGGCCAAGGCGAAGAAAUUUCGGGAGGAGAUAAGCGAGGUCCCGGAGCUCUCUCCCGUGGAGAUGGAGGAAUUUCAGGGGAGGAUGAAGGAGUAUUGCAACCCACCAUGGGAGCCUGUCAAUGGGGAGGAAGGACAAGUCAAUGAGGACUAUGAACUCCAUCAUGUGCAUGUAAUUGCUCGUCACGGUGACCGCACACCUAUGACCCAGUUCAACAUCCCGGAUAUCACCGUGGAUACGGACUUCAACUGCAACUUGGAGACGGCCCGAGAGAAGCUGCCAUCCUCCACGCUCCUCUCGCGGUUUCUGGCUUCCAUCAUGGCCCAGGAGGAGGCGUUAGGGGGCUGGCCCCUGAUGCCUUGGUUCCUACGCAAGCUUCCCAUCGGUGGAGCAGCUCGUCGCUGCGGCAUGGCCCAGCUAACCCCUACGGGCUGGCUGCAGCACAUGAAGCUAGGGGAACGUUUGCGUCAGGCCUACACCAGCAAGUUAGUCCCGCACCGGGCCUACUUCCGCAAUCCCAACAUGACCCGCUUCAAGAGCACCAUCAACUCCAGGACGCAGCAGAGUGCCUUUGCCUUCAUGUUUGGCUUCCUGCCUCGGCUUGAGCUCCGGCACGGCGAGUGGCUGAAAGCCGCCGACAACUUCCUCUUCUGUCCCUCGAACUGGAACUGUUCCUGCCCGGCUUACUCGCGUCUGGAGAAGAGCAAGCAGCAGCUCUACUCGGCAGUGCAGAAGAACACGACAGAGGUCCAGCAGCUCCUGAGGUCAGUGGCAGUGCUUCUCAUGAAGGAGCCCAAGACCAAGAGCCUUCCAGGAAUCACAGGCCAGCAGGAGAUGUACUCAGCUCUUAUCUGCCACAAGAAGCCCUUACCCUGCAGCCCCUACGGCUGCGUCGCUCAGAAACACUUGGCCAAAAUUGUAGCCUACACGGACCGCGUUGGGCGGGAGUUGCGGAGCAACGAGCAUGGACCCCACCAGAAGCUGGCCCGCCUGAGCAUGCACCCACUCCUGACCGAGAUUGCCUUACGGAUGAAAAAGAUUAGCCACGGUGCCUCCAACUACCCCAAGUUUGCCUUUUACUCGGGCCACGAUGUCACCAUGACACCUCUCCUGGAUGCUCUAGGGCUGGGAGAGUACCACUGGCCUCCUUACGCGUCCAAUGUCAUCUUUGAAAUGUGGUCCAAAGCGGGCGAGUUCUUUUUCCGUGUGCUUUACAAUGGCCAGGACAAAACGAGUUUGGUGCGCUUUUGCCGGAAAAACCUGAAUGCGGAUGGACUGUGCCCAUUACGCUUCUUCUUGAAGUUUGUCAACAAGGAUAACAUGGGCUUCUUUCACGCAGACAGUUUUGAAAAAGCUUGCCAGUUGACAUUCUAAAGUAUUCUUUAACGUGCAUUAUUAGUAGUAAAUAUUGCUUCUACGAACUGUCACCUUAACAGAGCCAAAUGCUGCCCUUUUUUCUUGAUUCAGAGAGAAAUUUAUGCUUUAUACUUGUCCAAAAUUCACAAUCAAACCCAAGCGGCAAUAUACUUAUAAAAUUUAAUUUUUGUAUUUUUUUUUGCAAAUUGAAAUUUGCAAAUAAUUAAGCAGCCUUAACAAUAUAUGGAGUCAGUAUUUUGAAUGUUUAUUGUUAUGUGAUAUUUUUAGAGAGUUUAUGUUAAUGUAUACAAGAAAUGCUGUUUAUUUUAUUUAAUACCAGUUAGCUUGCCAUAGGAUUAUUGUAGGGAAUGAAAGAUUUAGAAUCUUGAUGCUCCUGUUUUAAAUCAGAUUCAGCCUGAGCAAUGGUCAGUUAUUAGGGACCGAUUUCAAAUUUUGCUUUUUAACUGAACGAGUUCACAACUCAGUAAUUUUUGUAUGCAAUCAUCAGGGUGUCAUUUGAGUACAAAAGGAGCUGCA